AUGUAUGUAGUGUGUAUAUUAGAAACGAAAAUUGAUGAAGCGAAAAAGGCAUACAGCAAGGUUCUGGUGACCCUACAGAAGCUUCAAGACACGGACAGUGACAGCAUGACAGAGGACAGUAAAGACACAUCCUCAGCAGACUCACUGGAGUGGACACAGGACAGCAGCACAUUCGCUCAGAAACCGGAAGACUCACAGAAGACCUCAAGCGACAAACUCGCUAUAUUAAAGGAAGAUGAGGCAGUGGAGCCUUCAGUUGGCCUUCUGUCUGAUUGCAUCAGAAAUAGGACCAAGGAGCGUGUUGACCUCAAGAAAGCUGCAGAGGAGAAGGAGCUCCUAGAGGCGAUUGUCAAGAAGCUGACCACGGACAACAAAAGACAAGCGAAGAUGUUGGAGGAUAAAGACAGGUUGCAGAAGAACCUGGAUUCCAGCAAUAAAGCAAUUCAGCAUUAUCUUCGCGCCAGCGAGAAGCUUCUGGCGGAGAAUGACAGGCUGGAAAGUAAACUGGCAAAGUCCCAAAAGACGUCAAACAACCAAAUUGCCGCCUUGAAACGGGAGAAUGAGACCCUGAAGCGAGCGAUGGGCUCCGUGUCUGAUCAAAACAACAUUCUCAACAGGGGGAUAGCUGACUUCAAGGAUGUUGUGUUCCAUAUGAGCAAGGAUGUAUUCAAAAAGAAGGCAGACCAUACCACUCCAUGCAGAAAGAAGAUUGGGGAUAGAAGACGUCUUCUGUUUGAAGAUAGCGAGGAAGAUUCAAUUUGA